ACGCGAGUGGAUGGAUCAUUUGAGGCACGCUAAAAUGCGCUACCGCCUAGUGCUGUUAUUGUUAUCUGUUGCGUGGGGUUUCCCGGCCGUUAGUCACGGUCAGAGUUAUGUCGUGGUAUCAUUGGACACGUUGCGAGCACACACGACAUACGGUGUUGUCGUAGCGAAUAUUGCACCCAAAACGCAACAUUUUCGCUUUGAAAUUGUUGCUAACAAUCAAUCAAUUGCACGCACUUCUGCCGUGGACAUUGCUGCCAAUGGAUUGAAGCAAAUUGAUUUGAAUAUAAAUCAGUUGGAUCCAGAUGCUCUACACAUGCUCCAGGUUUGGGAUGCGUCCAAAGGAGUGCUAUUGAAUGCAACCUCAGUUGCUUGUUCCGCACGAAGCUAUGUUGUACUGUUUCAAACCGACAAACCAGUCUACAAAGCUGCUGAUAAGAUUCUGUUUCGGGUCGUGUUUAUGACUCUUGACCUUAUGCCAGUACAGGAGGCGGGUAUUACCAUUUUCCUAACGGAUCCACUGGGAUCCCGAUUAAAGCAGUGGUCAUCGGCGCCAAUGCAAAAUGGUGUAUUCGAAGGUAAAUUCCAACUGGCUCCGGAACCCUCAUUUGGAAGGUGGACUAUCAACGCGAACAUCAAUGAACAGACUUACCGAGAAACGGUUCAAGUGGAAGAAUACAGUGUACCACUAUUUAAUACUGGCCUUAAGAGUAUCCCUAACCCAUACAUAUACUGUGAGGAUAAACAAAUAGUACUUAAAUUAAGUGUCAACUAUGCACAAGGCGGUACAGUUCAAGGCGAGGCAACAGUUGUGAUGCGAACACAGCUAGAAAACUAUAUACAUCAACAGAAAGAAGUAGCACGAAAAGAGCUCAUGAUUAAUGGAUCCGCUCUGGUGAGGUUUCCCAUGUCGUUGAUAUCACCCGAUUGUCUGGAAGACCGCACUGUUUGGUUCGAUGUCAUCGUUCGUGAGUCAAAGACAAAUGUUACGCAGGAAGAAACUAAUACCUUCACUGUGCAUCGCUCUCUCUACAAUAUGGAGGUGCUUGAAGAAACCAAUAGCUUCCAUCCGGCUGCUCCUGUACAUUUGAAAGCAAGGCUUGUUUCGAUUAGCGGAAGGCCACAGCCCAACGAGAUUGUUAUACUGAACUAUACGCUCCAAAACGAGGACUUGAGCUUGGGGGAACCAAUACGGCAAAUUGUGCGUUUAAAAACUGACACGCGAGGAAUCUUUAAACUGUCCUUUAACACCACCAUAGAUACAGUCGCCGUCGAUGUGUCCGGCACUUACAGGAAUCGAAUAUUUUCGUUGAUGGCAGCUUAUCCAAUGUAUGAAAGCAAUGAGAUUGAUUAUUUAGUAGCACAUACCAGUCAAGCUUAUUACAGAUCGAAACAGCAGGUCGAUAUUAAUGUACGCAACAAUUUCCGUACCAAUCGCGUUUUCUUCGUUUGCUUCUGUAGUGCAGUGGUGUGCAAUAGCGGUGUGGUACAAUCCACUUCUUUGCAAAAAUACCAUAAGUUAUCAUUCCUAACACCGUCUUUGGUAGCACAGGAUAUGACGGUUUUAAUAUUUACGGUCAAGAAUGAUGGAGCAAUUGUAAGCACAACAGUCAUCGUUCGGUUUCAGCUUCAGGCUCAGCAUACGUUGAACAUUUCAGCUACUCGUGUCGACGAUACACCUCAGAAAUAUAGUAUCAGCAUUGGGGCAGGUAACGGUGCCUAUGUUGGUCUCUUCGGUGUGGAGGAACGUACUAGAAUUAUGUCGUCCGGUGAGAAUGACCUCUCUUGGAAAAAAUUAGACCGAGCACUGCAACCAUUCAACGAGCAGCACGCUGAUGAAUUUUUGCACGAUAGUUUCAAAAGAGUUGGAGCCUUGCUGUUAACGGAUGGAUAUGAACCUGAUGUUGGACCUGUGUUAAAUGCGCAAGGAAGAGUAGGUAGUAUUUUUGCAGAAGACGAGGCACCCCGGGAGCAUUACCCCGAAACCUGGAUCUGGGAAUCUGUUAGGACGUUGGAUCAACGGAUUCAGACAAUCGAACGCACUCUACCAAAUAUUGGAAUAUACUAUUUAAUGGCCUUCGCUUUGGACUCUACAUACGGUCUGCAGAUAACGAAACCAGCUCGUUUGAUAUUUUCUAAGGAUAUUUUUGCCCAGCUGCACAUACCACCUUCUCUAAAUCGUUCGGACGAAGCGAUUGGGCAUUGUUUAAUUCAUAAUUAUGGCGCCUCUGUAACGGUAUUCGUAGAAGUUCAACCGAACUUGGUAAACACUAAGCUAGUUCUUGGUGCGGGAGAAACAGAAAGCAUACCGUUGAAGCUCUUGUUCGAGCAAGUUGGUGAUGUAAAAAUCAUCGUUACCUUGCGCAUUUCUAAUGGCAGCAUCAUCGACACGGUCCAGCAAAAGAUCUCAGUGCGUCAGAGAGGGAUUGUACAGUUCGUGGAAGAUGUACGUUUAAUACACUUUGCCAAAAUGUCGCAAACAGAGCUCAAUUUAUCUGUUGAACUACCAAAACAAAACAUUGUCCCGGAUUCUGGCAAGCUGACCUUGUCUGUAAUUGGAUCCUUUCCCAACCUCCAUGAAUACGAUCUACUACCGAUGGCUGGUUCAUCGCACAUGAACGGAAGGACAAACGUACUAUUCUUUCAAACUGCACUCACUAUCUAUGAAUACCUGCGGAAUAGUGGACUUUUAAAGGCUGAUAGUUUAGCUAAAUUCAGUCCGCUCGUAGAGGUCGCCCUCCAAAAUCAGUUGAAAUUUCGGAUGAAAAGUGGAGCGUUUAGCUCCCUAGGUUAUGAAGUCUAUGAUCGCUGUGGAAGCGUUUGGCUGACAGCAAAGACGGUGGAUAGCUUCAUUAAAGCAACUGAAUUCGUGCAUAUCAAUGAUCGAAACAUCGAGGCUUCACUGAAUUGGCUCCAGGAGCAAAUGCUUCCCAACGGCAGUUUUAAAGAGGCAUGUUCUUCGGAGUUAGAUCGUGCUCAGAUAAAUGGAGAAUACGAGCUAUCGCUCGCCACCACUGUUCUCACAUCAUUCAUCAACAAUAAGUACAGUAGCAAAUAUAGUAAUUUGCUAAAUCGUACACUGACCAUGCUAUUGAAGGCUCCGAUGGAUGAUGUGUACAUCAUUGCAAGGAUUGCGCACCUCCUUACGCUAAUGAAACAUCCUUCUCGAUUCACUGUGAUCGAGCAAUUAAACAAACAAGUCAUUGAUGUAGAUGGUGCUUUCCGUUAUUGGUUGGAACGGAAACAUCCUAACAAGGAACCUUCACAGCGUGACACAGAAACCACUGCUUACGCACUGCUGGCAAAUAUCAAUGAAGGGACUAUGGCAUCAGAGAAUAUCAAACGUGUGGCACAAUGGCUCUAUAAACGUUGCUUUUCCGCCAAUCGCUUUAUUGUCACUGCAGAAAAUUUGAUCGGUUUGCAGGCUCUCGGAGAGGUGGCUAAGCGCAUUGUAGUUUCAGAAACCAACAUUUCAAUAACGCUUCCGUCAAUGCAAAACAUUGUCGUCAAUGAAAUCAAUCGAGAUCUUUUGCAGACACUUCCCUUAACGAGAGCAACUCCUAGGGCCAUGGUGUCCGUAACAGGAUUGGGCUCGGCAUGGGUGAAGCUAAGCUAUAAGUAUAACGUGGCAUAAGAAAUGGAAAAGAAACAAAUGAAACCAAGAAACAAACUCUGCUAUCCAAUGAAUUAAUAAACGAUCUAGCU